UUGAUAUAGGUCUGUGAAGGAGAUUACACAGUACAGAGAAAGAGAGAGAGAGAGAGAGAGAGAGAGACUAAGAGAAGAGAAAAUGGAAGUAGGGUUCUUGGGUCUGGGGAUAAUGGGAAAGGCCAUGGCCACCAAUUUGAUUAAGAGUGGCUUCAAGGUCACUGUCUGGAACAGGACUCUCUCCAAGUGUAAUGAACUGGUGGAGUUAGGUGCAUCCAUUGGAGAAACUCCUGCAGCUGUGGUCAAGAAGUGUAAGCUUAUCAUUGCUAUGUUGUCUGAUCCUGCUGCCACUCUUUUGGUGGUUUUUGAUAAAGAUGGAGUUCUUGAAGAAAUUUGUAGUGGCAAAGGUUAUAUUGACAUGUCAACUGUUGAUCCUGAAACUUCCACCAAGAUCAGCCAGGCAAUCACGGCAAAGGGAGGAUCUUUCCUUGAAGCUCCUGUUUCUGGUAGCAAGCAACCUGCAGAAGCUGGUCAAUUAGUAAUUCUUGCUGCUGGGCACAAGGCACUGUACGAUUUAGCGAUUCCAGCAUUUGAUGUUAUGGGGAAAAAGUCAUUCUUCUUGGGGGAGAUUGGAAAUGGAGCAAAAAUGAAACUUGUGGUCAACAUGAUAAUGGGCAGCAUGAUGAAUGCAUUUUCUGAGGGACUGGUGCUGGCAGAAAGGAGUGGACUGAACCCUUCCAAUCUUCUUGAUGUGUUGGAUCUAGGUGGAAUUGCCAAUCCAAUGUUUAGGGGGAAAGGACCAGGUAUGCUCAAAGGCAAUCACUCUCCUGCAUUUCCCCUGAAACAUCAGCAGAAGGACAUGAGAUUGGCUCUUGCACUUGGAGAUGAAAAUGCCGUAUCGAUGCCAGUAGCAGCUGCAGCAAAUGAGGCUUUCAAGAAGGCCAGAAGCAUGGGACUAGGGGAUCUAGACUUUUCGGCUGUUUAUGAGAUAGUGAAGAUGCAAAAGGAUUAACCAAGUGUAGAUACACUUAAAUGGCUUUCAGCAGAGUGUUGCCUUGAGUCUCAGCUUUGUUAGUUGCCGCAGAAUUUGUAGUUUGUGGUAUUUGUGCAACGAUGCACUACAAGGUUGUGAACUUAUUGAUCAUCAUAUGCCACAAGAAAAUCCUUUUUCUGGUGAUAUGGCGAACUCCUGCUUACUAUUGCCAAAGAAUGGAUUUUUCUUUUUUUCUUUUUUUUUUUUUUUGGGUAUAUCAGAAUUCAUUUAAAGUGAAUGAAGUUGCUAGUGUUGAACUCA